AUGCAUCUAGGAGAAAUUCAACUGCGUGAUCUGGAGUACACAGAAGAGGCGGACGCGGCGGUACCCACAAUUUAAAGGGAUUACGUCGCAUAAUUGUUUACAAACCGGACCAAGAGUGAUUGGAGAACAGGAGAGAGCCUUGAUGUGAGCAGUAUGAGUAAGACGCCCCCUACCAGAAGAGGGAUUUCAUUUGAGGUUGGAGCUCAGCUUGAGGCCAGAGACAGCCUCAAAAACUGGUAUGCUGCCAACAUAGAAAAGAUUGACUACGAAGGUGAAAAAGUACUUAUCCAUUACCGACAGUGGAGCCACCGUUACGACGAGUGGUUUGACUGGACAAGUCCUUACCUGAGACCCGUUGAGAGAGUUCAGCUGAGGCGGCAAGGUUUGCAAGACGACGCUCCCAUACCUGGCUUUCAUGUAAAUGACAAGGUCCUUGCCAGUUGGUCCGACUGCCGUUUCUACCCCGCUAAAGUCAUUUCUGUUAAUAAAGAUGCAUCCUACACUGUGAAAUUCUACGAUGGCGUUAUCCAAACAGUAAAGGGGAUACACGUGAAGCCUUUUAUUAAAGAGAGAGGUGGUGUUUGUGGAGGGAAGUCCCGAUCCUCUGAAAGGAACAUGGUCAGGAGGGCCCCAAACCGCAGAGACAGGAGGCUCCAGGAGAAUGGAGGUCCAAAGAACAAGCGAGCAAGACGUAGCACCUCCGACCAGGAGGAGGAGAGCAACAGUGAGGACGAGGAGCGAGAAGAAAGAGUAGUUAACGAGAAGAAAGAGAAAAUAAAUGGUGAGCUGGAGGCUUCAACUAAUAUAAAACAAGAAGAAGAAAUGCCAGAGCAGGCAGACCAGAACAAACCCAGGGAUCCUCAAAAGGAGACAGAACUUACUAACGGGGUGAAGGUUGAAGAAGACCCUGAGAACGACAAGGAAAGGUGCCAUGUAAAUGGAGAGGUGAAGAAGGAGGAGAUGGAAACAGAUGGGAGUGAAACAAAGCCAUAUAUAGACUUGCCCAAGCCAUACAAAGAUUCGCAUUCUCAGUUGUCAGCACAGUCAGAGCAGGUGUCUGUCACUAUGACAACCAACGAAUCCAGUGGAAGUGUGGAGCAGAAGCCAACUGUCCAAUCGGAGAGCUCACAGGCUUCAGCAGAUGUACCACCUCCCCAACCUGUGAAACCGGUAAGGAAACAGGGUUUCCACAACCCCAACAGAUUCAGCAGAGAACCAUUGUACCGUGUGAUCAAAAAUCAACCUCCCCCCGUCCUGUCCAUCAACCUGGACCACAACCCGUUUAAGUGCAGCGCUCCUGGCUGCCCGAAGUCAUUCCGUAAGGCCAAGCUGCUGCACUAUCAUAUGAAAUACUAUCAUGGUGAGGAGCAGCCUCUAGAGGGGGAGCGUAGCCCGACCAGGAAUGUCCAGACCAGGGCCUCUGACAAACAGGUUACUGGUAUGGAUGGCCCUAAGAGAAGGCGGACCAUCUCUGCUUCUAUGCACUCUGUUGGAGCUCCUGGUGCUCCCCGCGGUGAAGUGAAGACCGCUGGCAGACGCACAUCAGCCCCGCCUCUCGUCAACACUCAGGGCCAUCAGCAGAGGGCACUGCUGAGGGAGAAGAGCAAGGAGAACCAACUGGACAGGAAUGGAUGCCAUCAGCUGUAUAAGGACUCAGAGAGGGGCGGCUUUGACAUUGGCUCAUUAAAAGAGAAACUGAAAGAGAAACCGAAACAGAAGGACUUCCUCCGCAUCAAGCUAAAGAACAAGAAGAAGAAAAAGAAGGCCAAGUCUGACUACACAGGUAGUGAGGAGAAUAUUGACAUCUCAGUAUUGGGUCUUCAGUCCAAAUUGAAUUUGCCUUUCAAAUCCCCCCUCUCACACAAUCACAAGCCCGAGGCCUACACCAGCAGGCCUGGAUACAGCUACUCAGAGCAGAUUCAUGUGGAUGAUGAGGAUAGCAUCAGUGACUGGUCCACUGACAGCUGUGGGUGGAGCGAUGAUGACUUUGGGGUUGAUUUGGAUGUCACCACGCCUCCCCUUAGUAUCGACUCAGGUGCCGUGGACACCAAUGACCAAGAGAUUGUUCGCUGUAUCUGCGAGGUGGAGGAAGAAAAUGACUUCAUGAUUCAGUGUGAAGAUUGUUUAUGCUGGCAACAUGGCACCUGCAUGGGCCUUCUGGAAGACAACGUGCCAGACAGAUACACCUGCUAUAUCUGCAGAGACCCACCAGGUCAGAGACAGAGUCUGCGGUACUGGUACGAUCGUGAGUGGUUGAGCAAUGGACACAUGUACGGCCUGUCCUUCUUGGAAGAGAACUACUCUCACCAAAACGCCAAGAAGAUCACCACCACCCACCAGCUGCUGGGAGACGUGCAUCACGUGGUGGAGAUCCUCAAUGGACUGCAGCUCAAGAUGAGCGUUCUACAGUGCAAUACUCACCCUGACUUGCAGCUGUGGAGGCAGCCAUGGAAACAUUUAGAGAGGUCACAGAUCAGCUCUGACUCAUAUCGUAGCGGUGACGCAGUUCCUUCUCCGAUGACUCCUGAUGAGGACAUGAGCCGUGGCGAAAUAUUAAUGUCCAAUGCUCUGGAGAAGCUGAGCCGGGCUGCUACGGCAGCCGCUUCCUCUUCGUCCUGUUCUCUGUCCCCGUUCCCGUUCCCAUCCUUCCAGGACUCUUACAUUACCAGUGAACACUGCUAUCAGAAACCACGGGCAUAUUACCCUGCGGUGGAGCAGAGGCUGGUGGUGGAGACCAGACAGGGCUCAGAGCUGGAGGACAGCAUGAGAAGCACAGAGGAACUGUUGGAGCGGGAGCAGCGCUACGGAAGCCUGCUGGAGACAGACAAACCCAAAUCAACAGGCACCGGUUACAAGGCUGCCUUGGCUGGCUCUUGGUCCCAGGCUGACACAAGAGAAGAGGAUGGAAGAGAUCCUGGAGAGUCUGCAGAUAUCAGCAAGCAGCAUCAGCAGAGGCAGAUCAACCUGCUGGAUCACAUAGAUGCAGUCCAGGACGAGGUCUCACACAGAAUGGACUUCAUUGAGAGGGAGCUGGAUGUGCUGGAGAGCUGGCUGGAUUACACUGGGGAGCUGGAGCCUCCUGAGCCCCUGGCUCGUCUGCCUCAGCUCAAACACCGCAUGAAGCAGCUGCUGACACAGCUGGGCAAGGUGCAGCAGAUUGCUCUGUACAGCUCCACAUGAGGGCGCCAGAGAACAGCCGCAGCUGUAGUCCAAUGCAGCUGCAGAAAGAGUGCCGCUUAAGAAGCACACCGGACACUGGCUGCAAUGAAACAAACCUAAUGCAAGUGCAAGACUCUGAUUGUUCAGCAAGUUCCUUCUGACCUGACAUCUGCUGCUGUUUCUUCUUUUAAAACAUUGUGUUUGAUGAAAUACAAUGCUGCAGUCAGAAAGAUUCAUAUAUAGUAAUUAUAUGAACAUUCAUGGGACAGCAGCAUCUUAAAUCAGGAUAAAACACAAGAAGUAACCUCGUAAUCGCAGGAAAAAAUCCUUAGGACCAGAUAACACUUCUAUGGUUCCCAUGCAACUUUAUUCUAAUGAAUACCUUCUGUAUGAAGCUAGCGCUAAAGGUUCCUUUACAUGCAGAAGCUUUAUAUCCGAUAUAGCUAUUGAGUUCCAAAACAUACACAGCCUCUUAGCAACAUUUUCAUAGAGUUGCUGUUUCUGUGUUACAAUGUCCCAAACUGAAGUUUAUUGUAACUUGUCAUGCCAUACUGCAUAAAAACUCUCACUUUUAGGUGUGGUCAGACAGUAACUUGAAGAUUUCCUGUAUGUAAUGUGACUGUCCAACAGUCUGUUUAAAUAAAUGCGUCUUUUUUUGAUCUACUCAAGAGUUUGUUUUAUACUACACUGUGAAGUUAUUUUUGUCUGGAAUCAAAGGCAUCUUAUUUUCAGUUUCAGACGGUGUCAAGUGUGACUUCUGUUUUGUCUUAAGCGUAUUGCUUCUUUUCUAUGAAUCCUCAUUAUUGUACUGGUUUUAUCAGUUAAUCUAUAUAUGUCAGGACUGUUUCCCCUUCUACAAUUUACUCUUUGCAUUGUUGUUCUAGCACUUGACUUAUUUUUUGCUGAAAACUGUAAUGUGGACUUGUCUUUCUUUAACCUAGUUUCUUUUACUUUGUAAGUUACAAAUAAUACCUAAAAGACGUGUCAAUUAGUUUUUCUCUGUCUCUGUUUCAGUUUUUCUUUUACACUAUUUUGGUUGUCAAUAUGUUAAUCAAAUAUUCUCCAAAUUCAGAUAUUGUAUGCUUCAGUACUGUAAGUGUCUGGCUUAGAUGCAGGGAAAUGUAAAAACAAUGCAAACAUUUGCUGGUACAUAAAUAAAGUCAUUGUUAAUACUCA